CGAGACAGGUACGUAUCAUGACUACAAUAACUUGCUUAUAAUGUUCAUUUUUUGGUCUGAAUAUCAGAAAUUUUCAGCUCGCGCUUUGCGCUCGCAUUAUUUAACCAGUGAAAUACAUAUCCUUUUAAUGGCACUGCAUGUCCGUAAAAUGUCUCUAUUAUGUCAGUUUACCUGGCAACAGAGCGCGCUUCGCGCGCUCACUAAGUAACUCGAAAUUUUUGCUGGUGCCCCCCCCCCCAUGCCGUGUACGCCACUGCAACUAAUUAAUAUUCUCAAGUCGUGUGCCGAUUUCAGAUUCGUUCCAAACACACAGUGUCAUUAUUUUGUCUUCCCAUGCAAUGAAAUAAUGGUCAGGUUUUUGUUGAAUACAUUUUAUAAUAAUUAAGAUAUGCUAAAAAGGAAUCAAAUUGUGAAACAUGAUAUAAUACGCCAUUUUCCAUCGCUUUGGUAAUUCAAGAGCGCCCUUGUCCUAGGUUUUGAACAUUAUUAUAAAUAAAAAUGUUGGAAAGGUCACCGUAUCUGUUAUUCGUUUUUCACAAUUGUGUUGAAUUCUUAAUUUAUUUCAUGAGAAUAUGCUACAGUUGCUCCUCUCUCUUCUGGUCACUUGAACUUUUAAGAAGCCUUGGUGUUGUUGGUGGCGCCUGUUUACUUCAUUGAACGUUGAGAGUUUAGCUAGAGUAUUUACAGAGCUUCACAUUUUCUUUAUAAAAGGUGAAGCCAAGGGGGGCCUCGUUUGAAAGGAGUACGUUUGUUUUGUUUUUUUUGAAAAGCGCGGAAUAUGCAAAUAGAUUUCUCUAUUGUUCUUCUCCAGUAGUCCUGAUCGAUUACGGUGUACAUCCCAGUCAGGUAAGGUAUAUCAUUGCGGGGCUGCGUUUACGAACUUAUUGAUCGCUUUUCGGUACUUUUUGAUCACCCGUGGGGGUAUAAAUAGCGGAGCGCCAGAUUCAAAAGCUAAGUUCGUUUUCAGUUCUCAACGACGACAACAACUAAACUAAAUCAUCAUGUCUGGACGUGGUAAGGGCGCUAAAUCUAAGAGCAAGGCCAAGAGCCGAUCAACCCGUGCAGGGCUUCAGUUCCCUGUCGGUCGUGUCCACCGUUUCCUCCGCAAGGGAAACUAUGCCAACCGUGUUGGUGCUGGAGCUCCAGUCUACUUGGCUGCCGUCCUCGAAUACCUGACCGCUGAGAUCCUCGAGCUCGCCGGCAACGCCGCCCGCGACAACAAGAAGAGCAGGAUCAUCCCCCGUCACCUUCAGCUCGCCAUCCGCAACGAUGAGGAGCUUAACAGGCUGAUGAGCGGAGUCACCGUCGCCCAGGGUGGUGUUCUCCCCAACAUCCAGGCUGUCCUCCUCCCCAAGAAGAAGUAAAUGCUUCAUCUUGCCUUAUAAACUUAAACGGCUCUUUUAAGAGCCACCAAAUCAACAAGAAAGAAAUUAAAUUUGAAAAUCUCUUUAAACACCGCAUUAAGUAAUUCAUAAUACUUUUCUGUCGUUAUCUUCACUACCAAUCAGGUGUUUGGAAAAUUACUUACGAGGUUAACGAUUGUCUGAGGUUAAUUAAAACCAUCACUUAAGUGUACGCAUUAAUAAGAGUGCUCAUUCUCAUUGUGCACUAGAAACUCUGAAAUAUUUUGACAGACCUGCAAGAAAAAAGAAGACAUUUUCCACUCUUCAGGACCAACUCCAUUAUAUAAUAAUACUUAACAGUCAAUACCCAUUCUGAUUACCUAACUGAAUCAAAUCUGUAAACUGUGUCCCAGAUUCCCUACCACAAGCCAUCGAAAUAAAUAUUUUUAUGAUAUAUCAUGACAUAUAGGCUUAUGUAUAGCGCAUAACGACCCUAUGCGCUUACAAAGGACUUGGAUAUUAUUACCCAUAAAAAAGUCAAAGAAUAAAAUCAUACAAGGUACCCAUUCACGUCACCCAAGCAAUGUGCUAAGGAAAUUACGCCAUGACUGGGAUUCGAACCCAUGACCCUCUGUUUCAAAGUCACAAGACUAAUCCACUGGGCCACAACGCUCCACAAAUAUCACUCGGUAUAUACAAUGCCCCAAAUAAAUGGACCAAAAAAAGUAACUCCCUUUACCAUGCAAGGUUGUUAUACUGCAUAGGCGGAUCCACUGGGGCCGAGGGGUACGCCCCCUCCCUAUUGGCGGUGCAAAAAAAUGAAAAAAAGGGGGAGGAAAGAAAAAAAAGAAAUGAUGGGAAAAUAGAGCA